CAAGAAAUUAAAAAUUCAAUGUUAGGCUUGUUAAAACCAGUACACGUACAACUCUCACUCUUUUCACACAAUUACACGAUUCAAUUCUCACACAAAAUAGACGACGAGCUCUCCUUAGAUUUCUCUCAAGCCUCUGCGAGACUGCGGCGGUGAACGGUGCAUUUUCCAUCCGACGAUUGCGAAGAACGGGGAAGCUAGACCUUCGGGCUUCGAGGAUUGAGCAGCGGGCGGCAACCGGCAAGUCAGCGGGACCGAGUGUAACUCCGAGCCCCGAGAUACGUUUCAAUCAUAAUGGAUGGUCAAGGUACGAAGAAAACAAAGACUAUCAAUUCGUUCUUUAAGCCAAAAGAACAUACGUCGACGAGCGGAGAUCGUGAUGUUGCCGCCUCUAUUGAUAUAGUUCAUUAGCCCCAGGUAUUUUAAAAUCCUAGCUCCGCCUCUGUUCACAGAUCUGUAUUCUCCAUUCUGUUUGCAAUUAGCCUCUUUUUAUUUUUGUUGGUUGAUUUCCUUGGAGGUUGACGACUGAUUGAUUCACCAUGGUCUCGACUAGUAAAAUUAAAUCGGUGGAUUUUUACAGGUAGCUGACAUUUUUCGUCGUUCAUUUUUUAUUUUUGUUGUUAGGUGGAUUGCAUUUUAUUUUCAUUCUGCACUUCUCUGGAUUCUUGUUUGGUGAAUUUUAUAACCUUUGUGGAACAUUAUUCUGAUGGAAUAUUACAAAGCCGUUCUGUGAAAUAUUUAUUUGAUUAAAACAAAAUCAUCAGCCCUUCCUGGGUUUUAUUGUUAAUGAAAGAUCAAAAGAGCUUUAGUUUUCAGUGUGCAAAACUAUGCGGUGAAUCUGUGUAAUGUGCUAUGUGUGCCGAUGAAUUGGUGCAGCUGGUUUGCAAUUGAGAAAAGCUUGUACUCAUGUUGUAUCAGUUGGAUCUUUAUAUGUGUAAUUCUGUAAUGAAGACCUGACUAGAUUCAUCAACCUACAUGAUAUUUGACCUGGGCUUAGUGGUGCUAGCUACACAUUACUUUUUAUGUAGGACAUUCCUUUUUGGUUUUUGGGUUUGCAAUAUGUCUGGAGAAUGCAUCUAUGCAGUAUCCCACGAAGCAUUUGAAGAUGAUAAUUUUUUGUGGUGCAUGCUCCUUUGCCUGUUUUGCCUGGCAAGAUUUACUUUUAUAUUGUAUGAGAUUAGAAAAUUGUAAUAGCAAUGAUUGAUUUUUUUUUUUUUUAGCUCAUAGCGAAAUAUUAGUUCCACUGAAGAAAAGAGAUGGAAGUAUUUCUAUCGCUGCAUCUUUUACCAUGCUUUUCCUAUUUGUGUUCUGCUCGUAAAAUAUAAAGUUCACUUUUGUUUAAGACGAUAAUGACCUAGAGAUGAAAGAGCGCUAGUAAAACUCAAACAGUUUUAAAUCUUAGUUUAGUGGGAAUCCAAGAAAAUGAUUCGUUUGUAUAAUACUAUAUUUAAAACGUUCUAUUGAAGAUUGUAUGAUAAUAGAUCUGCCGUCCGCCUGUCUCUUGAUAUGAUCUAAUACGAGUCUCAACGUACUGUUGUGUAAUAAGUCGACCUGAGACUUGAGCACAGUUGCUCUGCCGGCUUACAUGGCGGCUCCGAGCCUGCUCUGUCACCAUUAUCAUCAUCUCCACCCAUACGUCAUCACUGCUCCGUACUGUUGCCCUUCUCUCAGACCCCGACUGUUCAUAUUCGCGAAACCACCCCAAAGCCCUACCAAAACCCCCAUCUCCGUCUCCGUUCCGAUUUUCACGAUUUAUCAGCCCAAAAAAUACAGUAAUUGUAGCUACACUGCGUCGACCUUCCCGAGCUUCGAUUCUGAGGCUCAGCAACAAACAGACGACGGCAAUCGCUUAGAAGAAGUGAGAGAAGCCAUCAGAGAGUAUCUGGAACAGCUUGGAGUUUCGAGGGAGGACGCGUCUCGCAUUAGCUUUGGCUGCCCCAACUAUUUGAAGAUGCUGAUCGACGGCGUCCAAGACCUUGACGACUGGAACUCGUGGUCCGCCGCCGCAGGGCCCGGUGAUCAAGGGCCUGUACAGUUUAAAAACAGAGUGUAUCAGAUGGCCAAGCAGAAAGGGGACAAAGGUAUUCUCCCUUUCCUGGAGAGCGAAGGACUUCCUCUCUCCCCCGCCACUCGCUUGGCUCGUUAUCUCUCUUCUUCCGGCUCCAAUGUGCUACCUCUCCUUGUUCACAAGGUUAAGUAUGUGAAGGAAAUUUUGUUUUCUGGUAGUCUUGAUUCUGAAUUUAUUGGGAAAAAUGCUCGGCGUAUGAUGACACACCUCUCCAUUUCUGUCGAUGAGGACGUGCAGCAGACUUUGGCAUACUUUGAAAAGGUCAGAAUGCUUGCUGAAAAUUUGAUGUUUCUGAUUCAUACCUUGUCAGAUGAUGUUGAAGCAAGGCGUGGAGGUCUGAAUCUCUUGGGUUCUGAUAACACCUCUUUCCGGUACCUCAUUGAAUCUUUUCCACGUCUUUUUUCUCUUCCACUAGAAUCUCGUCUAAAGGUAACUGUGAAGGUCUUGGAAGAUAUUGGGGUUCCUAAUGAACGAGUCAGAAAUGUUCUUCUUUUAUUUCCACCCAUCUUGUUGUAUGACAUUCACAAGAGAAUAAAGCCAAGGUUGCAAUCAUUCGAAAAGAUUGGCAUAAGAGAAAAUGAUAUCAGUAAGAUGCUUGUCAAGUAUCCUUGGAUUGUUUCUCCAAGCAUACUGGAGAAUUUUGAGGAAAUUGUUGAUUUCUUUGAUGAUGAGAAGGUCCCCAGAAUUUCAACUGCCAGUGCAAUCAAGAACUGGCCACAUAUUCUAGGAUGUUCUGUAGACAAAAUAGAGCUAAUGGUGGAACAGUUCAGACGAAUGGAUAUUAGAAAGAAGAAGUUGGGUCAGGUUAUCGCUAAAAGUCCACAAUUACUACUUCGCAAGCCUGAGGAGUUUGAUCAGGUGGUAUCCUUCUUUAACGAUUUAGGAUUGGAUGAGAAAGCUAUUUCUAAGACGCUUGCUCGUUGUCCUGAAAUUUUUGCCGCAAGCAUAGACGAAACUCUCAAGAAGAAGUUGGAGUUUCUUUCUAGUGUCGGGAUUUCUGAAACCCAUCUCCCGAGAGUUAUCAGGAAAUACCCAGAACUAUUUGUUUGUGACGUCGACAGGGCAUUAUAUCCUAGAGUAAGGUACCUGAUGGAAGUCGGAUUUUCAGAAAGCGAUAUAGUGUCCAUGUUACACAGAUUCUCACCGAUACUCGGGUAUAGCGUAGAAGAAAAUUUGAAGCCAAAGUUGGAGUUCCUAGUGAACAACAUGCAAAGGCCUCUGAGUGAUGUGGUUGCUUACCCGAGAUAUUUCAGCUACUCACUGGAGAAGAAGAUAAGGCCCAGGUAUUGGGUUCUGAAAGGUAAGAAUGUGGAAUUUACAUUGAAAAAUAUGUUGGGUAUAAACGAUGAAGAAUUUGCUGCUGCGUAUUUAGAACUGGGAGAGAUACUUGUUCUUCCUCCUUGAGGGAGUUUUUCUUUGUGCUUGUACAUAAAUCUCUUUAUUUGAUGGAAUUUGCAUUCCUCAAGGAUAUGUUAUAUCCUUUUCUUGGAAAAAACAUUUUUUUCAUAGUAAAAUACAGAAAUAUCAUUAUCUGGUUGAUUCAAAA